GCGGAGCACAGCGUGUCUCGGCAGCAAGGUAUGGAGACAGGAUUCACCUGUCCACGUGUGACUUCGAGGAUCUUCCCCGGCCGUCAGCCAGAGGUACCGAAGGACAGCUUGGCGGCACCGGCUAUGGCCAGGAGCAGGUAGCAUGGCUUCGCUGGCUCGCACGGAGGGAAAGUCUCAUCCAGACUGACAAGUGGGAGUCAGAGCGCGCCGCUGAAAGCAGCAUGAGACUGAAGCUGAGCGCGCUGGACCUGUGUCACACCGUGCUGUGCAUUGGACUGAUGCUCUGCGGGGAAGGUGGGGUAUCUUCUGUGCUAGCUCUUGGCGCCAGUAUCAUCUGCCGCAAAAUGCCAGGCUUGUCACCAAGACAGAGAAGCAUCUGCGAGGCUCGUCCAGAUGCCAUGAUCGCCAUCGGCACCGGCGCUCGCUUGGGUACCGAAGAAUGCCGCUACCAGUUCCAGCACAGCCGGUGGAACUGCACCUCCUUGGGGGAGCCGAGUCUCUUUGGACCGGAGCUAAAAGUAGGCAGUCGAGAAACCGCCUUCUAUUACGCCAUCCUGUCAGCUGGUACCGCCCACGCCAUCACCAACGCCUGUAGCCACGGCAACCUGAGUUACUGCGGCUGUGAUCGGGACAAGCACGGCCACCACGACCCCGACAAGGGAUGGCGAUGGGGCGGGUGCUCCGCCGACGUGAAGCACGGCAUACGCCUGUCUCGCGAGUUCAUGGAUGCGCGGGAGGUGAAGCGCAACGCCCGCACCCUGAUGAACCUGCACAACAACCUGGUGGGGAGAAAGAUCUUGGAGAAGAACGUCCGCCUGGAGUGCAAGUGCCACGGAGUUUCGGGUUCCUGCACCUUGAAGACCUGCUGGGUCACCUUGCCCCAUUUCCGGGAAGUGGGCUACGCGCUGAGGGAGCGGUACGAGGAGGCGGCCGCGGUGGAGGCCGUCAGGGGCCGGCGCCAGCAGCUGCCCACCUUCCUGAAGCUGAGGAACCCCCAGAGCUACGGCAAGCCGGCGGAGACCGACCUGGUCUACGUGGACGGCCCCCCGAACUUCUGCGAGAGGGACGACGCCACGGGCAGCGCGGGCACCUACGGGCGCCUGUGCAACCGCACCUCCGCCGCGUCCGACAGCUGCGAACACUUGUGCUGCGGCCGCGGAUACAGAACCUUCCAGUACACCCACGCCUGGCAGUGCCACUGCAAGUUCCACUGGUGCUGCCACGUGACGUGCAGCACCUGCAGCGAAAGGACGCAAGCCUACACGUGCAAUUAAAUGGCGGGACGUUGGCACCGGAUGAG